GCUCACAGAGUGGGCGGGGCAAGUAGGGAGGGAAGACGAGAGGGGGCGGGGUCUCGUCGCUCCCCAUUGGUCCAAGGAGUGGGAAUGGAAGCCUGGCGGCAUGGCAGCUCAAGCAGGAGGCGGAGGAGAGGGAGAGGCGCGAGGCGGGAAAGAGCAUAAAGACUGCAUUUUGGAGCCACUCUCUCUGCCAGAAAACCCAGGUGGCAUUUCUGCUGUAGAAGGAUCUCCAUCUGUGACUUGUCUAUUCUGUGAAGAAUGUUCACCAGUAUCAGAACAAAACCAGCUUCUGAAGCACAUGAUUAUAGAGCACAAGCUUGUCAUAGCAGACAUCAAGCUGGUUGCCGAUUUCAAGAGAUAUAUGCAGUACUGGAAGAAAAGAUUCGCAGAGCAGCCGACUACAGACUUCUGCCCAGUAAUAAAAACAAAUUCUGAAGCACCUCUAGAGGACCAGGACAGUUAUUUUCUUUUAUGUGAUGCUUUGCCUGAAGAUAGGGAACUGAGGGAGAAGCUCCAACAACAGAGACUGAGAGAAAUUCUGGAGCAACAGCAGCAAGAACGAUAUGAUAAAGAUUUCCAUGGUAUAUGUAUGUUCUGCGACAAAGAAUAUACUGGCAAUAGGUCAAUCCUUCUCAAUCACAUGGCAAAGGAUCAUGCAUUCAAUAUUGGAUUGCCAGACAACAUUGUAAACUGUAAGGAAUUUUUGGAUCUUCUACAGAAGAAACUUGAUAGUUUGCAGUGCUUAUACUGCGAAAAGAUAUUUCGUGAUAAGAACACACUCAAGGAUCACAUGAGAAAGAAGCAGCAUCGCAGAAUCAAUGCCAAAAACAGAGAAUAUGACAGAUUUUAUAUUAUUAAUUAUCUGGAAUUUGGAAAGUCCUGGGAAGAAGUUCAAUCAGAAGAUGACCGUGAAUUGUUGUCCAACCAGGAAGAAGACUGGUCUGACUGGGAAGAACAUCCUGUUUGUGCAGUCUGCCUCUUCUGUGAGAAGCAGACAGACACCACAGAAAAGCUUUAUGUUCACAUGGAGGAAGCUCAUGGAUUUGACCUGUUAAAAAUUAAGUCUGAGCAUGGUUUGAAUUACUAUCAGCAAGUAAAAGUGGUGAACUUCAUUAGGAGAGAGAUCCAUCAGUGUCAAUGUUACAUUUGCCAGGAAAAAUUCCCAUCAAAAAAAGACUUGGUAAAUCAUAUGGAAGAAACCAAACAUAUAACAUCACUGUCUGCCCGAUCUAUGUGGGACCAACCACAGUAUUAUUUUCCUACCUAUGAAAACGAUACUCUCCUCUGUACACUUUCGGACAGUGAGGAUGAACUGUCAUCUGAGAAGCCAAAAGAGGAUAUCCCUGUCAUUAGUGAGGACGUUUCUAACAUAGAGGCUUUGAAACAGAGCAGUGUGUUAAAUCAGCUUCUUCGUGAGGUGAUGAAUAAUGAAGGACCUGGAAGUUGAGUGUAUUUUCUCUUUUUAAUAUGGAAACAAUUACCUUCCAGCAGUGGAAAACUGAUUUGGUAAUUUACCAGUGUAAUUUGAGUCAGUGACUAUAAUAAAACAAAUUCCUUUAGAAGGGGACUCAAAUAAAAAUCAGCAUUUUGAGAGGGGACAAUCUUCCUUUUUUGUUUUGUUUGUUUAUUUUUCUGCACUUAAAGAGUUCUAUUCAUGCAUACUCAAGGAGCAGUCAUAGGAGGUGGAGAAAUCCCAGUUGCACCUCCUAGGGUGGAAGAUACGGGAGUAUUUUUCUUUUCACUUUUCCUGCUCAAUCACGACACUAGUUCCAGAUCUGGACAAAGAAGAAAAAGAGGGCUUUGAAUUCUACAGCUCCAAGGCUGCCUAAAAUCCCAGUAUACUAUAGGAAUGUCCCUGUUGCCCUUACUCCUCAUGAUACACACAUGGCACAGAGAGGUUCCAUGUCUUCCUACAGCCCAUCAGAGACUACCUGGUCCAAAAUUCAUUUGUUUAAGCUUAAACCUAGGAGAACAAAAAUAGUAUGGCAGUGAUAGCGCUAAAUAUAUUCAUAAUUUGUUUAGUUACUCAUAGAACCAGAGUAAGCAUGGUAGCAGUUUGAGUGUUGGACUAUUAUUAUGGAGACCUCAGGUUCAAACUGUUGCCCAGCCAUGAGGCUUGGACAAGUCCCAUUUUCUCAGCUUCAGAGGGAAGCAAAGGCAACCCCCCUCUUAACAAAUCUUAUUAAGAUCCCAUAAAAGAUUUGCCUUUGGGUUGACAUAACUUGGAAUGACCUGAAGGUACACAACCACAAUUAUUAGAAACAACUGCAGGGGUUGCCAUAAUAGCCUGCCUUCUCAUCUUUGUCUGUGCCAUUGCUUGGAAUCAGUUUAAGAGAAUGGGCCUUCAGUUUCCAUUCAGAUCAAAUCUCUUGUUUAAAGUCAAUGUAAUAUUUAUGAGGAAAAAAGCAGUGAAUUAUUCAUGUGGAGACUAAACUCAACAUUGAAUGCUCCUGUAGGCCAGCUAAUAACUUGUUAGCACAGUGUUUGUGAUGUGAGCUGCUGCUUUGUGCUUCCUUCCCUUCCUUGGAUGCAGAAAUCAUGCUGGCAAGGACUAUGAUGUGAUAAACCAAUUACAAUUUGAAUUAGGAGAAUAAGUGCCUUCACAGCAUAAGUGACACCUUGAUCUGGGGCACUGAAAUGUAGAGGGAGAGAGAAGAACGUUUAGGGUUCACAGGAUGGGAGGUCAUUAAAAAAGGAUAGGUGAAAAGGCUGAAACAUUACAGCAAAAGGACCUAAAUGCUCCAGAUCCCUUCUCAUCUUGGAAGCAAAGCAGGGUUGGCUCUGGCUAGUAUUUGGGUGGGAGACAGCCAGUGACUUUCAGAUACUAUAUGCUAUAUUUCCAAGGAAAGAACUGGCAAAGCCACCUUGAGUGUUCCUUGCUACAAACACCUUAUGAAAUUCACAGGGUCGCUACAAAUUAACAAGUGACUUGUAGGCAUGCUGAAAACAAAAGGAUUUGGCAAUAACGCACUCAGAAAAAUAUGGUAAUAAUAGUGUGAGGACUGCUGCAAAGAAAAGAUUUGGAAAUAACAAUCAUAGGAAUGUUGCUGGGAAAGGCAGUAGGCAAAAGAGCUGAAAAGAAAGCAGUUUGAGAGCAUGGAAUAAGAUGGAGAAAGGAAGGAAAGAAGAACUAGCUUAAGGGUGUCUGGAGGCCAUGUACUGAACUGAGAUGACAGAAACUUGCCAAUCAAAGCAAUUCAUCAGCCAGCAAAUAAAAUUAAAAAUGAAGGAAUCCUGGACGAGACUGAACAGUGAGAAGGGCAACAUUAUAUAUGUCACAGAAUAGCACUGCUGAGCAAGGGAAUGGGAAUUCACCUACUAUUUCAGAAUGGUUAGCGCUCUGCUUCAAGUACAUGAUUUUGUUAAGAGAACAGUUUGCGCAUUAGCCUUUGCCUGGGCAAUUUCAUAUUCCUGCCCAAGUGAACUUAAUUUGUUUGCAAGGAGAAGAGAGAUGAGUGGCUAAGGCUAAGAAAUAGUAAGGCCACCUGACUACUUCUUGACUGGGCUGAGAUUUAGAAUUGGGUAUUGUAUUAAUCUAGGUGCUGAUUAUUGACCUAUAUAUAUAUGUGUGUGUAUUAGUUUUAAUCUAUGUUGUUAUCUGAUUUAUAUCUUACCUUCUUUCAUAAAUAGUGCAAAUACAAUUAAAACAUGUAAUUAAUAAAAGCAUGGAAAUUGUAAGUCAAUAUAUAGCAUCCUUUUCACAAUUAAUGAGGUCAGUUGCCUGUCAGUAGAAAGAGAACAAUUCAGUCCCUUUCAGUCUAUAAUAACUGGUUUUUUUCAUUUUUUUAAUUUCCAGUUAAUAGCUUUGUUUUAUUGCAUCUCAGUAAAGCCAAACUAGGCUCUCUUUAUAAGGGCAUUCCAUGACAGGCAACCAAGAACAUCCUUUCUUGCAUCCAUACUAUCCAGUUAAUAACGCCUCUGACAAAGACUUUUAACAUUUAAAUGGUCUGUAGAAAGUCCAAGCAGUCCCUGAGUUACAAACAUCCAACUUACAAAUGACUCAUAGUUAAGAACAUGGGGUGAGACAACAGGAAGUGAGAGAAAUCUACCCCUUGGAAGAGAAAUUCACUCCUGGAAGAGUUAUCAUGGGGAAAAUGGGUCUCCACUGAAGCUGUAUCACCAAUCUUUGUUUCCAUAACAAACCGAUUUUUUCAAAAUCCAGUGAUCAUGGAGAGAAAGGGAGGUGAAAUCUUCUGAACAGGGACACCGACAGCAAAAACAAGCACCACACUUCCCUAUGCAAUACAAAGCAUUCAUAUUAUCUAUCUAUCUAUUUGGAGUUAAAAAUGUACCUGUUUUGAUUUACAUACCAAUUCAACUCAAGAACAAACCUACAGAACUUAUGUUGUUUCUAAUUUGGAGACUACCUGUGGGAAGUUCAAAAGGCUUUAGUCUACUUGUGCAAGUCUUAUGUGACCUGGUUGUUUUAUUCCAUGUGUACAUACUAACCGUACUGUUAGUUCUGAAUAAAAACUUUGGUGAAAUAUA